AUGGUCCUGGGAAAUAUCCAAGUCGCUAAGAUAAGAUUUAAUAAACUGUUCGAGGAGCAGAGGGUGCAGAAGAUCAUGAAGAGCGAAGUACUUUGCAUCACCCACGAGCUGCAGGCCAUGAAGGACAAGAUCAAAGAGAACAGCGAGAAGAUUAAAGUCAACAAAACCCUGCCUUACCUGGUCUCCAAUGUCAUCAGUCUCCUGGAUGUUGAUCCCAAUGACCAAGAAGAGGACGGUGCAAACACUGACCUCGACUCCCAGAGGAAGGGAAAGUGUGCCAUGAUCAAACCUUCCACACGCCAGACAUACUUCCUGACGGUGAUCGGUUUGGUGGAUGCAGAGAAACUAAAGCCCGGGGAUCUGGUGGGAGUGAACAAGGACUCUUACCUCAUCCUGGAGACCCUGCUCACUGAGUACGACUCAUGGGUGAAGGCCAUGGAGGUGGAUGAGAGGCCCACAGAGCAGUACAGUGGCAUUGGGGGGCUGGACAAGCAAAUCCAGAAGCUGGUGGAAGCCAUCGUACUGCCCAUGAACCACAAGGAGAAGUUUGAGAACCUGGGGAUCCAACCCCCUAAAGGAGUGCUGAUGUACGGCCCCCCUGGCAUGGGGAAGAACCUGUUAGCCCGCGUCUGUGCUGCCCAGACCAAGGCUAUGUUCCUGAAGCUAACUGGUCCCCAGUUGGUUCAGAUGUUCAUCGGUGAUGGAGCCAAGCUAGUUCAAAAUGCUUUCACUCUGGCCAAGGAGAAAGCCCCCUCCAUCAUCUUCAUCGAUGAACUGGAUACCAUUGGCACCAAGCGGCUGUGGUCCCGUUGUUGGUUGAGAUUCAGUAGACAGUCAGGAGGGAAGAGAGGAUUUAAUAAGAAAACGUACUCUAACAGGCAGUAUCUCAAGUGGGUGCUCAACAAAUACCACUACUAG